AUGCCUUCUCUUCAAGAUAGCAAGCUUGCCUUUAUCGGCGGUGGCAACAUGGCCUCCGCCAUCAUUGGAGGUCUCCUCAACAAGGGCGUCCAAAAACAAAACAUCUGGGUUUCCGAGCCUUGGGAUGUCAACCGCGAGAAGAUGGCGGCCCUGGGGGUGCAGACCACCACUGUGAAUGUUGAAGCUGCAAAGGAUGCGAAUCUUGUUAUCAUCGCAGUCAAGCCACAGGUUACCAAGGGUGUGUGCGAGGAAUUGGGCGCUGCGUGGUCAGGACGUACAACCCUGCCCGUUGUCGUCAGCAUUGCUGCAGGAAUCACCCUUGAUAGCUUGGUCCAAUGGCUCCGCACAAGCGACGGACGCAACGCACAUGUUGUCCGUGUUAUGCCAAACACACCAGCGCUCGUGGGUGAGGGUGCUUCCGGUCUGUAUGCCAGCAAGGAUGUGACCUCGGAAGAGAAGGAGCUCGUCAAUGCUGUUCUUGGAAGUGUCAGCAAGGCCACCGAGUGGGUGGAUAAGGAGGAAUUGCUCGAUGUCGUCACUGGACUUUCUGGAUCCGGUCCCGCUUACUUUUUCGCCAUGGUGGAACAUCUGAUUGCCAGUGCAACCGCCCUUGGUCUCUCCGAAGAACAGGCUACUCGGUUGGCUUCCCAGACAUGUCUCGGCGCCGGCAAGAUGCUUGUCGACUCGUCGGAUAGCCCCACCCAGCUGCGCAAGAACGUUACCAGCCCGAAUGGAACCACCUAUGCUGCCCUUCAGACAUUUGAGUCGCUGGGCUUUAAAGACACUGUUGAUAAGGCUGUCAACGCUGCUACCUCCCGAGCAGCUGAGUUGGGAAACACUCUUGGCAAGCAAUAA